UCCUCUCCUCUGUCACGCCUGCUUCAACUUACCACAGCUUUACCACUUCUCUCUCAUCCUCUCACUCUCUCUCUCUCUCUAUAUAUAUAUACACAGAGUAUAUUUAUGUGUAUGUGUUGCAUGUAUUUGGAUUCCAUUUGUGUACUUCCUAAAGCACAAACAGUUUGAAGGCAUUAUUGUGGCCAACGGAAUCGCGGCCACUUUUGAGACGCAGCAAGCAGAUGGCGAAUGUAAACGAGAAGGAUGUCGAUUCAGGAGGUGGGGAGGAUGUUACGAAUUUCAGAAUCCGCACGAAAUUGCUAAGUACUUGCUCAGGUGCAGGUGUAAAUGCAGCAUCAAGUGUGAACCUGCUGGCUUUUGCAACAACGGAUCAUCCUCUGUCUGAAUUAGUCUGGUCACCGCACACCGGCCUGAGCCUCAAAUGUGCUAAUCGUGGGGACGAUGCUAAGAAGCCUUUUCUGCUGUGGAAUGUUGGACCGAGCAGCAUGGAACGAGGAAAUGGAGAUGAUCAUGACUUGAUCAUUGAUAAGGAGUUAGUAGCUCCAAGUCAUGAUGUGGUCGAGAGGGAGGCAGAUUCAUUCCAUCCGCAGACUGUCCAGACCGAUCAAUCGAGGAUAGAAGUUGCUGAAGGCGUGGUUCCUGAAGCCCCGGCUGAAGGCUCAUGUAUGGGAAGCAGGAGGAGAGGGAAGGCGUUGUCGGAUGGAGACAUCUACAGGAGAUCGUCGGACGAAGAGGAUGACAGUGUGGAGAGUUCUAUGAGCACUAGGCUGACUCCGAAGGGUGUGAAGAGAAAGAUAUGUGAUGAGGAUGCGAUUCUCGGGAGCAAGAAGAUGAAGAAGCAGAUUCAUGGAAGCGAUGGAUCUACAUUUGUGAUGAAACCAGAUAGUUCUUUCAUGAAAUGGAUAUCGAACAUGAUGACCAACCGUCGUCCUCAUCCUAAUAAUGAGGAUUCUGAAUCACCUCUGCCUCUUGCUUGUGCGAACGAUGUCUACAGCAAGAAUUUCGUGUGCUUCAAACCACGAGGCUCUGCAGCUGCAAGCAUCAGCAUGGGGUUUCAAGCCGUGUUGCAGUCUUUGUACUGUCGAGAGACGGAUGAGUUGAGCGCGGGAGAGGAGAAGGUAGUUGAGCCCAUCGAUGUUUCUAGAGAAGGCGCGGUGGAUGGUGUAAAAUCACCUGAAAAUAUACAUGUUGAGCACUUAGCCAAAGAUACGGCUUCGGAUGGGAUGGCCCGUGCUGCUGAUGCUUUAGGCGAAGAGACGAAGAUUCCUGAAAGGGAAGCGUGUCCGAAUACGACAGUGGGACCGAGCAAACCUCGUACAAGUUUGUGGAUUACCCGUCUCGCUACCAACACUCUUAGGUCGGAAAAAGGCAAGGAGAUCGCUGAAGAAACCAUCGGGUGCUCCUCCUACGGUGUUUCUCCUACUCAUCGGACUAUCGCCACAUCACAGAAUAAAGCUUCUAGGACGGAGAUGUUUGACGCAAUCAGGAGCCUACGGCUCAGUCGGGCGGAUGUUAUCAGAUGGAUGGAUUCGGAGGCUCCUUUGCGCGAUCUAGAGGGUUUCUUCGUGCGAUUGCGGCUCGCGGGAAUAGGGGGAGGUAGUUACUAUGUGGGUUGCAUAACAGGUGAAAGUACUUCAAAUAAAUCCAUCUUGGUGGAUGUUGGCGGCGUCAAAUCCUCCAUUGCUACACAAUAUGUGUCUAACCAUGACUUUCUUGAGGAUGAAAUCAAGGCUUGGUGGAACAGGAGCCUGGGUAGCGGCCGUCGGAUUCCUUCCUUAGCCGAGCUCAACUCCAAGUUCAACAACCGACACACUCUUGGUCGGCCGACGAUGGAUGGUGGACGGAGAACGGAUCAGUGAAGAACGGAGCAACUCUCUCUUUUUGUUUGCUUUGAAAUGGAUUAUGGAAGCAUCCAUUUUGUUUGUUUUGUGUGAUAUUUAUAUUAUCAAACAUGUUAUUGAAUGUUUUUGAAGUCA